GUUCUAACUCGAAGUGACGUCUUGGGCCAAUGGACGCCACAAGUUUGAUGCAGUUUGGAAAUGAUUGUAUUUUACGAUUGUGAUGUAUUGAAUUAAAGCAUUUUAUAUUUCUUGCUUUUUUGGGUUUGAACCGCCUUAUAGGAUUUUAGAUACUUUUGGUUUAAAUUGAAAGUAAAGACUUCAAAAUGGCUCUUCGGACUUACGGCGACAAGCCGAUCAGUUUCCAAAUUGAAGAAGGUGGUGAAUUCUACUGUGUUGGAUCGGAGGUUGGUAAUUAUCUGCGGCUCUUCCGCGGGUCAUUGUAUAAGAAGUACCCUGGCAUGGCCAGGCGGACUCUCACAAAUGAAGAGAGGAAACGUUUAGUUGACAACGGUCUGGGUCCACAUGUGCUGUCGAGCUCUGUUUCGUUGUUGAAAGCCUCGGAAGUUGAAGACAUCAUUGAUGGCAAUGACGAAAAGUACAAAGCUGUGUCAGUCAGUCAAGAGUUGGCAACACCUAGGGAGGGUAAGGCCAAGAAACCUCACAACCCUCCAUGGAUGCCGGCCAUGCCGAACUCUUCUCAUCUGGAUGCCGUACCUCAAGCUACACCGAUUAGCAGAACGAGAGUGCACAAUAAAAAGGUUAGGACCUUCCCGCUCUGCUUCGAUGACACUGACAUGACCGCCAUGUUGGAGAACGCUUCUCAGAAGCAAGUGCUCGUACCCAUCAGAUUGGACAUGGAAAUCGAAGGCCAGAAGCUCAGGGAUACAUUCACAUGGAACAAAAAUGAGUCUAUCAUAACACCGGAGCAGUUUGCUGAAGUCCUGUGCGACGAUCUGGAACUGAACACCAGUACGUUCAUCCCGGCCAUAGCCUCGUCCAUCAGACAGCAGAUCGAGGCUUUCCCCAGUGAACCACCUCCCAUACUCGAGGAGUUGGACCAGAGAGUCAUCAUCAAACUCAAUAUACAUGUCGGGAACACGUCUCUGGUCGAUCAGGUGGAGUGGGAUAUGGCUGAGAAGGAGAACAAUCCGGAACAGUUCGCUAUGAAGCUGUGCGCGGAGCUCGGCCUAGGCGGGGAGUUCGUGACGGGAAUCGCUUACAGUGUCAGGGGACAACUUAGCUGGCAUCAGAGGACCUACGCCUUCAGCGAGGCCCCGUUACCUGUCGUUGAGACACCGUACCGCCAGCCCUCGGAUGCUGAACAGUGGGCGCCAUAUCUGGAAACGCUAACUAACGCUGAAAUGGAGAAAAAGAUCAGGGAUCAGGACAGGAACACGAGGAGAAUGAGACGUCUAGCAAACACAACGCCCGGUUGGUAACAUUCAUAUUAUACUAUCCGUUGCCCGCCACUUAACCUAAUACUAUACAUAAAAUACUAUUUAAAUCACAUACAUGAGCCCUAAGCUUAAUAAUAACAUAUAGCUAUGUCAAAAUCGGUCUGGGGAUUGACCUUAACAAACAGUCGGACAGACAGAUGUAUUUAACAAUCCAUAAGCUGUUUCUAAUACAUUUGAAUUUAUUUCUCUUCCACACCAUCUUUGAAAAUUUAUACGAACAAACGAACGGAAAUCACAGUUUUAUUUGUAUGUACUUAUAACAACAUAGGUGAGGGUCAAUGCGAUUACAUUAGGGGUAUCAUUCUGGUAUGAGAUAAUUGUUGAAUAGAAUUGAAUUAAAACUAUUUUACAUAUAUACAGUAAUAAGAAAAUAUUGUCAGAUAAUUCUUAUGUUUAAGACAUUAGUACUUCAAUAACAAAAAUAUAUAUGAAUUUAAUUUAUGACUGGUGUUCCAUGGAUAGUGUUUGUCAAGUUUGUAUUGUUUUUAGGGAUAUAAAAAAAAGUCCUUAUUGUGGGAUAUUUCAACUGAAAUAUGGUACUUAUUUUGGACUAUUGUAGCCUUAGACGAUGUAUUUGUGCUUUUAUUUAAUUAUCGGGGCCAAUGAAUGCCUUAACAAUAUUAGUUAAUGUUAACCAAAGUCACAUUCAGUAUGGGUCUAUAUGAAGAUUACAUUGUACAUAAUAUUAUAUAUAUAUAUACAUUUGAUCAAUUAUAUACUUGGAGUAUAAUAUCAUUGUGUGCGAUGUAAUACUUCUGCCCGUGGAUUUCCUCAUGACAUCAAGCAGUUCAUUGAUAGUCGGAGUAAGUUCAGCAUGUUGGGAUCCGGCUGUAAAUCUAUACGAGUGGCAUGUAAUAUUCAUCUAGAUAUCACAAUAUCAUGGGUAAAUUAAGUAUAAGUUUAUAUCAAUUAUAAUAUUAUUCUAUAUGAAUUCUGCAUGAAAUAUAUAUCAAAUGUUUUACUGUGCUCAAUAAUUUAUUGAAAUUAUUAUUAAUGAAUGUUUUUUUUUUUUUUUUGAUAUACUAGUUCAUGCAGGUUUUCAUGCGUGUUAUGUAAGUGGACUGUUGAAUUUUUAUCACAUUAAAUGGAUUUUUUAUUUCAAAAUUAUUUGUUUCUUUUCAUAUCUCUGAGUGAAUUUAUUUAUUGGGUGAUUAAAUUGAUACAAUCUGCUUACCAUCCUGUUGUGUUAUGGCAACACUUAGAGAUUCAUAGCAUGUCGACCCAUAUUAGUAUUAGUUUGGCACUAUGUACUUGCAUGCUUUAUGUUUAAUGUUGUUUUUAAAAAAAAAAAAAUACCAAA